UGGGAGCUGUUUAUUUUUUUACGGCGACGUCGGGUCUCAGGGGAUGCACGAGGAGGUUUCCAUGGCACCCUUCACGAAGCUCCAGAGCACUACACAAAGCUGGGGGCUUCUUGGUCCAGGGCCACCGCUGGCAACACCCGGCUUCCCUGGGGUGGUGGGACCCCAGCCAAGGCCUCUGCUUGGAGUGGAGCGGCUCAGCCUGGGAGACGGUGGGUUGUGUGAAACCGGUGGGGGGGGCGCCUCUGUCCCGGGUGCUCAUUCUAGGCGGUCAGACGGCCUCCGGGGGGGCCUCGAACAGCUUCGGAUAGCCUCAGGGGGCCUCGGCUGGCUUCGGAUCGUCUCGAGCAUGGCGCGGGUAGCUGGGCCAAGGACCACCCCCACUGACCACCAUGAAGGUGGAGCCCGUCGACCUCUCGGACGUCAAUGACCGGCUGGACUACAAGUUCGUCCGCAUCGGAGAGGAGGAGAAGGCGCGGUGGGAGCAGGGCCCCAACCGGGUGCUCCAGGCCCCGCCGCUGCAGGGGCCACGCCUGCUGGUGGCGUCCUUCGACGCUGGCGCCGCCUGCGUGAGGGAGCUGACGGCCGAGGAGGAGCGGGCCAGGCUGGCAGAGGCCAGGCGGCGGAGGCCCUGCCCCGCGGGCCAGCAGGAGGCGGAGCGCUGGCAGGCCCUCUGCGAGCGCGCCGCGCAGGAGCUGGCGGGCGCCCGGGAGGAGGCGCGCGAGUUGUCGGAGCGGUGGCGCGACGAGGUGGAGGCCGCCGCGCGGGCGGAGGCGGAGCUGCGGUUGGCGCUGCUGGCGGCGCAGGACGCGCUGGGCGCGGCGCGGCGGGCCAGGGCGCCGCCGCCGCUUAUGCCACGAGAGCCCGCGGCGAGGGCCGUCUGCGCGCAAGGGG